UCGGAGUCUAGUCAUGUUUCGCCCAUUCGUUUAAAAUAAGCAAAACAUCCCUUGUCCUGAAUAUAUAAAGACCGACUAUCACGCCUUGUGUGAGUUUGGCUUCCCACUCUUAUUUCUUCUUACCUGCACGAGAGAACCCGACAAUCGCCAUGGACAGCCAUAACCUCUUUCUCCAUGCCGCUGCUACCGGUGAUGUAGCAUCCAUGGAACAGGAAUAUCUGAAAAACAAGACAGUCCUAUCUAGCAAAGACUCCGCGAACCGGACAGCUCUCCACUUGGCUGUCCUGAACGGUCACUUGAAAUCUGUGGAACGGUUGCUGGACUACGGCAUUGCUUGGUGUUCUAAGGACAAUCAAGGCCAGACAGCAUUGCAUCUCGCAGCCCAGUUACCGUCUGCAACAAUAGCCGAAACACUCCUUGAGAGAGGCGCGAAUUGCUGCACCCAAGACCACGACGGGAAAACACCGGUAUUUUACGCCUACCAAAACUAUUCCCCCGAUGUCGUGAGUUGUUUUCUCAAAUAUGUCGAAUCAUCAUGCGGGACGGACAAGAAUUGCAGCCUUACGCCACAGAUCAUUCUCCGAGGCGGCUGCCGCAAAUGGACUCCUCUCCACGCUUAGUGAGGCUGCACGGUCCCUAAAUAGAGCGCACCGGCCUGUACGGCGCAAGGUUCGAAAAUUCUCUCCCCCUUCGCCACUCAAACCCCAUUUCUGGAGAAACGGCGUGUCCGAUCUCGCUUAUUCCGAGUAUAUCAACCGCGCGCCUUCAUCCCAUUCCGGAAAGUCAACCCCGAAUGGCACCGGAGAAUGUCUCUUUUAUCCGACAAUUGAAUAAGAUGCCGUACCCGCUGGAUUACAAUAUCCUUUUCGAACAAUGACUGCACCAUCAUAAUAUCGGAUCGACACAGGGAAGGGAAGACUUCUCCCCCCACUGUCA